AUGCCGGUGAAGGUGUUUGGGUCGCCCACGUCGGCGGAGGUCGCCCGCGUGCUGGCCUGCCUCUUCGAGAAGGACGUCGAGUUCCAGCUCAUCCGCGUCGACUCCUUCCGCGGCCCCAAGCGCCUGCCCCAGUACCUCAAGCUCCAGCCGCACGGCGAGGCGCUCACCUUCGAGGACGGCAACGUCACCCUCGUCGAGUCGAGGAAGAUCCUGCGCCACAUCGCGGAGAAGUACAAGAACCAGGGGUACAGGGAGCUGUUCGGCCCGGGCGCGCUGGAGCGGGCCUCCAUCGAGCAGUGGCUGCAGACGGAGGCGCAGAGCUUCGACAUCCCCAGCGCCGACAUGGUCUACAGCCUCGCCUACCUGCCGCCCGACAUGCCGCUCGACGGCGGCAGGGGCGGCGGCGGCCUCCCGGUCCCGGCGGCGACCAGCGGGAUGAACCCGACGCACCGGCAGAAGAUGGAGGAGAUGCUGCAGCAGUUCGACAAGAGCCGCAGGGAGCUGAGCAAGCUGCUGGACAUCUACGAGCAGCGCCUGGGCGAGGAGGCCUUCCUGGCCGGCGCCAAGUUCACGGUCGCCGACCUGUCCCACCUGCCCAACGCCGACCGCCUCGCCGCGGACCCGCGGUCGGCGCGCCUCAUCCAGUCGCGCAGGAACGUCAGCAGGUGGUGGGACGCCAUCUCUCGCCGCGAUUCCUGGACCAGGGUCAAGGAGCUGCAGCGCCCGCCGUCCGCGGAGGCGCCUUUCUGA